AUGGUCUGCGCCCCUCGUCUCCUCCGUCUGUCUUUGCCUCUCAAUCAGGCCCCCCUGGUCUUCCCCAUUUCCCUUAUCAGAAUUGCCCGUAAGCCAUCGGCAAACGUGCCGAGAAACUUCGUCUCUGGACAUUGGAGCUAUUUUUACGAAAAGAUUGACCAACAUUGCUACUCAAGGCUGUCCAGUGACUACCAGCCCAAGCGACUGAUAGCCAAGCUCAACAUAUCAUUUCGCCAAUACGCUUACACGGAAGCAAUGUGCCUGUACUAUGUACAGUUCUGUCAGUCAGUAAUAACACAGAGUAAAGUUUAG